AUGAAGGGCAGUUCUCUCAUGGCAGCCGGUGCGCUGUUUGGCUCGGCUUCGGCUGGUGUCCACAAGAUGAAGCUCAAGAAGGUUCCUCUCUCGGAGCAGCUUGAGGGCGCAAACAUCGGCGAGCACGUCCAGGCCCUCGGCCAGAAGUACAUGGGCGUUCGCCCCCAGAAGCACAUCGAUGAGAUGUUCAAGGAGACUUCGGUGCACUCUGAGGCUGGCCACCCCGUCGCCGUCAGCAACUUCCUGAACGCUCAGNNUGUAAACUUCUCCGAGAUUGCUAUCGGCAACCCUCCUCAAGAGUUCAAGGUCGUUCUCGAUACUGGAAGCUCCAACCUGUGGAUCCCCUCGUCUGACUGCAGCUCCAUCGCUUGCUACCUCCACAACAAGUACGACCACAGCGACUCUUCCACAUACAAGAAGAACGGCUCCGACUUUGCCAUCCGUUACGGCUCGGGUGCUGUUGAGGGUUACAUUUCCCAGGACACUGUCCAGAUUGGUGACAUCAAGAUCAAGAACCAGCUCUUCGGUGAAGCCACCCAGGAACCUGGUCUUGCUUUCGCCUUCGGCCGCUUCGACGGCAUCCUUGGUCUUGGAUACGACUCGAUCAGUGUGAACAAGAUCCCUCCUCCCUUCUACGAGAUGAUCGCCCAGGACCUGCUCGAUGAGCCUGUCUUCGCUUUCUACCUUAGUGACACCAACGACAAGGAGGCCGAGUCUGAGGCCAUCUUCGGUGGUGUCAACAAGAACCACUACACUGGCGAGCUCACCAAGCUCCCUCUCAGACGCAAGGCCUACUGGGAGGUCGACCUCGACGCCAUCACCUUCGGCAAGGAGAGUGCCGAGUUCGACAACAUGGGUGCCAUCCUCGAUACCGGCACUUCGCUCAUCGCCCUCCCCAGCACUCUUGCUGAGCUGCUGAAUAAGGAGAUCGGUGCCAAGAAGGGUUACAACGGCCAGUACACAAUCGAGUGUGACAAGCGUGACUCGCUUCCUGACCUCAGCUUCACCCUGACCGGCUACAACUUCACCAUCACUCCCUACGACUACAUCCUUGAGGUCCAGGGUUCAUGUAUCUCGUCCUUCAUGGGCUUCGAUAUCCCUGCCCCUGCUGGUCCUCUUGCUAUCCUUGGUGAUGCUUUCCUCCGCAGAUACUACUCGGUCUACGACCUUGGUAGCAACAGCGUUGGUCUCGCCAAGGCCAAGGCUUGA